AUGAACACCCCUUUGGCAAAGCGCCGCCGGCUGGAUGAGGCGACCAGGACGCUUCACAAGCCGUUCAAAUCGCCGUUCCGCACUCCAUUGAAAGCAUCAACAUCCCCUAGCGAACCUCCGUCUUCAGAUCCCCCAGAGGCCCCGAAGAACGACCUUUCAUCUACCAAGACCAAUGCUACCCAGAACAGACCAUUGCAUGAUCCAACUCUAGUAGUGACGCCGCGAUCACCUACCACUACCCCGAGCCGCCCAAUCCAGAGGAAGGCGUUACCUAGCCUGACUCGAGAAAUCAUACAAUUGCGCUCAGAUAUACAGAUACUCACCCAAGCACUUACGCUCGUGACGUCCGACAAAGACAGGGAACUGCAGCGUCUGAUUGAUACAUGGCGGACUGCCAGCCGAGCUGCAGCCGAGGAUCUGUUUGCUCGGACAAGAGACAGGGUGAACAGAAUGGGUGGCGUUGCAGCUUGGAGGGAGCGUGAGAAGGAGCAGAAAGAGUGGAGAAAGAAAUGGGAUCGUGAGGAGAUGGAAGCGGAGCGAGCUCGAUGGGAAGAAGAAAAGGGAGAUGAGGAUAAUGCUCGCUUCGAUGACUAUGAGUAUGGCGGUGGGGAAGGCGAGGAAAUGGAGAAACAAGAGGAGGUGGGGCCUAACGACGAUCAGUCCUUCACGAUGGGCAUGAUGCUGAAUACACUCAACGUUGGUCUGAAGUUGAUAGGGUACGACAACACAUCGCAAAGAUGGGAAGGUUGA